AUGUCAACUAAAAGAUUAGUUCAGGAUGUUAGGACGAAUAUUCUAAAAGCUUGUGUACCGAAUAGACUUCGUCAGGAUUUAAGGCACUAUAGUAGUAUGAGUAUGAGUAUGGGAUCUGGUCCACAUGGUGUUGAUCGAAGAACACCAUCAUUUAACUCAGAAUUAAAGAUUUCGGAGGAAACCAGUAUUGCAAUAACAGACCCGUUUUUAUUAUAUCAGAACUACGUUCAACAAGGAUUAUUAGAAAAAGAUGAGUCCCAGUUAAGAGUGAUGAAAGAAUUUCAAAAAUUGUAUCACAGAGUUAUAGACUAUUCACCACCGGAUGAACUUCUGAUAAAGAUAAGUUUGCUCCUUAGGAAGAUUGAAUUAAAACAUGCUGAGGCAUCUAUUCGAGAACUGGGUCUGACUAUACCACAACUAAAUUUGAGGUCGAUACAAAAUAUAUUUCGGAAAGACCCCAUGGCUGAGAAGAGACAAUUAGUACGGACGAUGACAGACGAAGAAGAGUUGUAUAAUUUUGAAUCCCCACAAGGUCUAUUAGUUAAUGGUGAAGUUGGAUGUGGUAAGUCCAUGCUUAUGGAUAUAUUUGCUGCUUCUUUGCCACAUAAGUCGAAGAUGAGAUGGCAUUACAAUAACUUUAUACUAUGGGUUUUCAAUGAAAUGCAUAAGAUCAGAAAGGAAAGGCAUUUUACUACUGUAAUGUCUAAUAACAAAGCUGAACGCAAAAUGAGUAUGGAGAACGAAUUCGUAUUGUUUGAAAUUGCUCAGAAAAUGAUUGAUAAGAAUACUGUAUUAAUGUUGGAUGAAUUCAUGUUGCCAGAUAUCGCAGCAGCUAAUAUUAUCAAGAUAUUGUUUACAUAUUACUUUAAAUUAGGUGGUGUUCUAGUUGCAACAUCUAACAAAUUGCCCGAAGACCUUUAUUCAAAUGAGUUUCAUAAAACUAAAUUCAAAAGCUUCGUAGGAAUAUUACACGCGAGGUGUCAGUCUGUUGAUAUGAGAUCAACAAAAGAUUAUAGAUCUGAGUUGGCAAGCCUUUCAACUGACCUGUAUUUAAUUGAUAAGCUGUUGAAUGUGAACCACGAAAAGGAUUGGCUAAAAUUGGUUAAGGUGAAAGCGUUGGGAAUUCCCGAAGAGUCACCAAAAGUCACAGAUAAUAGUCCAUUAGAUACAUUAGGUGGUAUCCCUUCAUCAUUGACUGUCUACAGUAGAACUACACAUAUCCCUUUAACGUUCAAAAGUGAUACGGUCUGCUAUUUAGAUUUCACAUAUAUAUGCCAGGGGUUAUUCUCCGCUUCGGAUUACAUCACUCUAGCAUCGCGUUACAGGACUAUUAUUCUUGAUAAUGUUCCUAUGUUGACUCUCAAAAUGAAAAAUGAAGCCAGAAGAUUCAUUACGUUGUUGGAUGCUAUGUAUGAAGCAAAAUGUCAACUAUUCAUACGAAGUGAUGUUGAAGUAGACUAUUUAUUCUUCCCCGACCAAAUUGAAGGUAAGUUGCCCGACCAUGUACAGAAGCAGAGUGACCUAAAUCAUAAUAGAUUGGAUGUUCAAGAUGAAGAAAUGUUUGCAAGAACUACGAUUGAUAUGACGAAUCCAUAUAGACCAAACGUCUCAUCCUAUGAUCAAGAUCAUACAGCUGCGCAUAAUGAGCCCACAGUCGGACUCUUUGGUAGUGGCAAUGAGGAUCCUGACUCCAAACACGGAAAUCCUGUUAAUUUCAAAAACUUAAAGGCAUUUACUGGUGAGGACGAAAAGUUUGCUUACAAAAGAGCGGUUCUGAGAAUUAAAGAAAUGGUUGGAUCAGAAGCUUGGAAAAAUGCCAACAGAUGGGUCCCAAUCGAUGAAUCUAUGAGGCCCUGGGAAAAGAAAUCAGAAUCUAUCUAUGAUACUCGCUCGGGCAAUUCAAAUUUGGACAUCGGAACAGUGGAUAUUAAAAUAGACAAACUAAUCAAAGAUAACAAAUCAGUAAGACAAAUUGCAAAUCAAAUGCUAGUUGAUACUUUACCAAAAGACUAUUCAGAAGGUCAUGAAAUACCUUUCAGACAAUUUAAUGCCCGUAUAGCACCUGUUUUUGAUAGAUUGAAUCAUUUCUGGUCGAUGGGUUCCUGGUCAUCAGAACAGGGGAAGAGAUUAAAAGAUAAAAUUGCCAAAUCUUGGAUUAGAUCAAGUAUGAGAAACAAUAAAUGA